CACAAAGGAAAAGGCAUUUUAUGACUGAGCACUGCUACAGUGAGGACCUUGCCUGUGAUUUUGCAUUGCAACAUAAGCUAAGAUACAGUGUUGGAUUAUGGAGGGGAACUUGACAUAUCUGUUGGGCAGAGGGGACUCUGAAGACAUGUUGGUGGGCUACAUGUCACCAACAUCUAACUCCUCUGCAGCCUAUGAAUAUGCUUUCUCCUACCCAGAAUUGGACAUCAGCUGCGAUCUUGAAAAUAUUCCACCAUUUGCAUCUACCUUUUUUCCAGUACUGUACUCUCUACUGUUCGUGACUGGCCUUCUGGGAAAUACUUUGGUUGUUUGGGUUCUAAUAGCCUUCAAGAAGAUCAGGGCCAUGACUGAUGUGUAUCUGCUGAACCUCGCCAUCUCUGACCUCCUCUUUGUUUUCUCCCUCCCCUUCUUGGUUCAGUACUCCAUCAGGAGCCAGUGGACUUUUGGAAAUGUGAUGUGUAAAAUCAUCAGCUCAGCUUACUUUAUUGGUUUCUACAGCAGCGUCUUCUUCAUAACCAUCAUGAGUAUUGACAGGUACUUGGCCAUUGUCCGGUCUGUCUAUGCUCUACAGGUUCGCACAACUGCUCAUGGGGUUAUCACCAGCCUGGUCCUUUGGACAGUUGCCAUUUUAGCAUCAGUGCCAGACUUAAUUUUUUUCCAGGAAACAACUUACAGUAAUCGGACUCAGUGCAUCCCUCACUAUCCUGACAGCAGCAAUGGCUGGAAGACUUUCAGUAAUUUUGAAGUCAACAUCCUGGGGUGGCUGAUCCCUGUUGCUGUCCUCAUUUUCUGCUACCACAACAUCUUGAAACACCUGCAGAAGUGCCAUACUCAGAACAAGUACAAAGCAACGAAACUGGUUUUUAUUGUUGUCAUUGUGUUCUUCCUCUUCUGGACCCCUGUAAACAUUGUGCUUUUUCUGGACUCUCUGAGGAACUUGUACAUCAUUGAUGACUGCCAGACAAGCCAAAGGCUAGACUUAGCUACGGAGCUGGCUGAGGCGAUGUCCUUCAUCCACUGCUGCCUCAACCCAGUCAUCUAUGCCUUUGUGGGUGAGAAGUUCAAGAAACAUCUGCGCCAAGCUUUCAGAAAAUACAUGAAUUUUCUACUGAUCUGCAAAGACUACAGUGCCUUCAACAGGCGCAGACUGGACAACCGCUCCUCUCUGCACGUGACAUCCUCACAGUCAUCUUCUAUUGACUUUGUCUUGUAAAGCUACAAGUCAAAAACUUUCAUCCUGAACAGGUGAUCUGAAGUUGAGAAGUCCUCCCAGCAGGGCAUCCACAGAAAUGCACUAUUUGGGCAACCUUUUAGGACAGGAAAAGCAGCUGUUCGAGCUUGCUUUUAUCAUGGUUUCCUUUGUGGUUCUUACCUUUUAGCAUAUUCCUCCCUUUCCCUUGGCAUGUCCUGCCCUGCCUGCUUUGUGAAAUAGAGGCUAAAAUUACCAGCAAACUCUUGGACUCCCUGAGCGGCAUGGAGAGGUGCCUUAGAAACAUUUCUUCCCCAACCCCAGAUUUAGUGCUGAAAGUUCCUGUUUCUGUUUGUGAACUCAGGGCACUUGGAUGAGCCUUCCUUCAUCUCAGCAGAGUGGGCUGGCUUUGUAGACAGAAAUGGGUCUCACAGCAAGAGUAGGAAACUGCUCUUUGGAGAGAAAUGAUAAUCAAGUCCAAGGUAUCAUACCAGGGACUGGCUCCCAGUCGACAGAUCUGAAUGAGGUUUGCAGCCCAGAAGGAGCUUAGUGAGUGAAUAAUUAAAUAAGCAACAAAGAAAUCAAUGCUAUGCAAGUGUUUUGACAAAAACGUGAAGGAAUAUCUAGGUAUGAUCCCAGCUACCCAUCUGUUACCAGGGACUGCAGCCCCUGGGCUGGAAGGAUUUGGAAGCUGUAGCCUAGAAAUGACACUGUGAGUGUCAAGGAAAAAAACCUUGUGGGGAUGAAUGCUCUGUGGAUGAGUGGAGAAAUAGUUACCCAGGAAAAGAACACUGAAGAGUGGAAAAGGUACUGAGAGUGAGCUGAGAAUGAGUCAUAUGUCAAAUCUUCUUAUGUACCCGCUGGCCAGUAAGCCACAGAGUGGGGCAGUGGCUGCUCUCAACAGAGCCCUGACCUGGUGGCUGAGAGGCUGGUGGUUCUGCAGAUGCCCAAAACAGGAUGGAGAGAGGCAUGAACAGGGUAACACCAAACAUCCUGUAACUCAGGUAGUAUAUAAAGCAGAUGACACUGGCUGGUUUGAGUGUUCAGAGGCUUCAGAGAUGCCUAAAACACAGAUGACACUCCCAUUUCUCCAUAAGGGAACACUUUAAGCAACUGAUGCAUCAGUAUGGUUGCUGCUCUUGAUCUUGCGACUGGAGUUGACCUCCCAGUUACUGUUCCAACUUGGUAAUUGUGAAUGACUGAUGUAUGUGUGACUGGUUACCUGGGCAUAUAUGUAUAGAUGUACCUAUAUACAUAUAUACAUGCUUGUGUAUAUAUACAUAUACAGAUAUACAUAUAUACAUGCUUGUGUACGUCUAUAUACACAAAUACAGACACAUACAUAGACAUGCACGUAUAUAUACACACACCUAUGUAUCUUUUAUAUAUGUACAAAUACUGAUAGACAAAUGCAAUGAUGUUCUGAAGCUUUUAGUCAUGAC